AUGGAGAUGUCCGGCUUCACCGAGGCGCAACUAGAUGUGCGGGACGCUGUCUCGAAGAUUUGUGCCAACUACCCUGACGAGUAUUGGGCAGAACAUGACAACACAGGAGAGUAUCCGCAUGAGUUGCAUAGAGACUUAGCAAAAGAUGGGUGGAUAGGCAUCGCCUUACCAGAAGAGCUCGGAGGUGCUGGUCUUGGCAUUUCAGAGGCCACAAUGAUGCUACAUACUAUCGCUGAGAGCGGAGCCGGUAUUGCUGGAGCGCAGUCAAUCCACGCCAAUGUUUACGCAACGCAGCCUGUCGCAAGAUUUGCUACACCCGAGCAACGGCAGCGUAUGCUCCCCGAUUUGAUCAGUGGUAAGACGAGAACCUGCUUUGGCGUGACCGAACCAAACACCGGCCUCGAAACACUCAAACUGCGGACUGUCGCAAAGAAGGACGGCGACAGCUACCUCAUUUCCGGUCAGAAAAUAUGGAUCUCAUCCGCACAAGUGGCAACCAAAAUGGUUUUACUAGCUCGUACAACAGCUUUAGAAGAUGUCCAGAAACCCUCAGAAGGCCUCUCCCUCUUCUUCGUCGAUCUCGAUAAAUCAGCACCCGGCCUAGAGCUAAAGAAGAUCAAGAAAAUGGGCGGCCGAGCCAUUGACGCGAAUGAAGUCUUCUUCGACAACUUUCGCGUCCCGGCAGAUAGCCUAAUUGGAAAGGAAGGACAGGGAUUCAAGAUUGUCCUACACGGCAUGAACGCCGAACGCUGUCUCCUCGCCGGCGAAGCCCUCGGCCUAGGCUAUGUUGCCUUGAAACGCGCCACCGCCUACGCAAAAGAGCGCAUCGUCUUCGGUCGCCCGAUCGGCAUGAACCAGGGCAUUCAGCAUCCUCUCGCUUCCGCAUAUAUGCAUCUCGAAGCAGCUAAAUUGGCCACGUACCAUGCUGCAAGACUAUAUGAUAACAGUAAGAAGGAUGAGAGUAUCACACAGCAUGCGGUGGGUGUGGCGUGUAACAGUGCGAAAUAUUUAGCGGCUGAGGCAGCGUUUACUGCAUGCGAAAGAGCCGUCCUCACACACGGUGGUAUGGGAUAUGCGCAAGAGUAUCACGUGGAGAGAUACAUGAGGGAGGUCUUUGUACCGCGGAUAGCGCCAAUCAGUCGGGAGAUGAUUAUGAACUACAUCGCCGAGAAAGCUCUUGAUCUUCCUCGCAGCUACUAG